GGCACUUCCGCUUCCGCUCUGUCCAGCCCGCACCUGAGCGAGGGGGACACUCCCGGCCAGGAACAUGAACCGCCCGAAGGCCGCGGCCGCCCGCCGCCCGAGCACGGUCGCCAAGCCCUCCGGCCACCCCCCUCCAGGAGACUUCAUCGCCUUGGGUUCGAAAGGCCAGGCCAGCGAAUCCAAGGCAACUGUUGCGCUGCUGAAGCCGGCCUCGGCGGGAUUGCCUUCGGAGCGGAAGCGGGAGGCAUCGGCGACUCUCACAGGGGCCUCUGCGCUCACGGGGCUAGCCAAGCGGCCCAAGCUUGCCUCCACUCCCCCCCUUAGUGCAUUGGGACGGCUGGCUGAGGCGGCAGUGGCAGAGAAACGAGCUAUUUCCCCGUCCAUCAAGGAGCCCUCCGUGAUCCCCAUUGAAGUGGCCCCAACCAUUCUGGUGGAUGAAAUUGAGUCUGCGGAAGCCGAAGGCAAUGAUGACCGCAUCGAAGGGGUGUUGUGUGGUGCUGUGAAGCAGCUGAAGAUGAAUAGGGCCAAGCCUGAUGCCACCCUCUACUUGAGCCUGAUGUACCUGGCGAAAAUGAAGCCGAACAUAUUUGCCACAGAAGGAGUGAUUGAGGCCUUGUGCAGCCUUCUCCGCCGAGACGCCUCUAUCAACUUCAAGGCCAAAGGGAACAGCCUGGUCUCUGUCUUGGCCUGUAACCUUCUCAUGGCUGCUUAUGAGGAAGACGAGAACUGGCCAGAGAUCUUUGUCAAGGUAUACAUCGAGGACUCUCUUGGGGAACGAAUCUGGGUGGAUAGCCCACAUUGCAAAACCUUUGUGGAGAACAUUCAGACAGCAUUCAGCACCAAGAUGCCCCCCAAAAGCAUUCUGUUACAUGGGGAGGUGGGGCGCGGCGGAGGAGACCUCAGUGCAGGGAACAGCCCCCAUCCCUCGGUGCCUGACGAGGAGGACAGCCAGAGCGAACUGUUGAUUGCCGAGGACAAGAUGAGCCCGGAGCAGGAGGGCCAGCUGAUGCCCCGCUAUGAGGACUUGGCUGAGAGUGUGGAGGAGUACGUGCUGGACAUGCUGCGGGAUCAGCUCAACCGGCGCCAGCCCAUGGACAACGUCUCCCGGAACCUCCUGCGCCUCCUGACCGCCACCUGCGGCUACAAGGAGAUCCGCCAAAUGGCAGUGCAGAGGCUGGAGAUGUGGCUGCAGAACCCCAAGCUCACCCGGCCAGCACAAGACCUACUCAUGUCAGUCUGCAUGAACUGCAACACCCACAGCUCCGAGGACGUAGAGGUGGUCUCCAACCUGAUCAAAAUCCGCCUGAAACCCAAAGUCCUCCUCAACCACUACAUGCUGUGUGUCAGGGAGCUGCUGAAUGCCCACCGGGACAACUUGGGCACCGUGGUGAAAUCAGUGGUCUUCAAUGAGCUUUCGAAUGCUAGGAAUCCCAAUAACAUGCAGAUUCUGUACACAGUUCUCCAGCACAGCCCAGAAUUGGCUCCCAAGUUCUUAGCAAUGGUGUUCCAGGACCUGCUGACCAACAAGGACGACUACCUCCGGGCCUCGCGGGCCUUGCUGCGGGAGAUCAUCAAGCAGACCAAGCACGAGAUCAACUUCCAGGCCUUCUGCCUUGGCCUCAUGCAGGAGCGGAAGGAGUCCCAGUACGCAGAGAUGGAGUUCAAGGACCGGUUUGUCAUUCACAUCACAGACCUGCUAGCCGUUUCUAUGAUGCUCAGCAUCACUGCUCAGGUGAAGGAGGCUGGGAUUGCAUGGGACAAAGGGGAGAAAAAGAACUUGGAAGUGCUGAGGGCUUUCCAGAACCAGAUUGCGGCAAUUCAACGGGACGCUGUCUGGUGGCUGCACACCGUGGUUCCCUCCAUCACGAAACUGGCUCCUAAGGACUACGUCCACUGCCUCCACAAAGUGCUGUUCACGGAGCAGCCAGAGACUUACUACAAGUGGGACAACUGGCCACCCGAAAGUGACCGCAACUUCUUCCUCCGCCUCUGCUCCGAAGUGCCCAUCCUGGAAGACACCCUCAUGCGCAUCCUGGUGAUUGGGCUCUCUCGUGAUCUCCCCCUUGGCCCCGCUGAUGCCAUGGAGCUGGCUGACCACCUGGUGAAACGGGCAGCGGCUGUGCAGGCGGAUGACCUGGAAGUCUUGAAAGUGGAGAGGAUCCAGUUGAUUGAUGCCGUCUUGAAUCUGUGCACUUACCACCAUCCGGAGAACAUUCAGCUCCCUCCUGGGUACCACCCCCCAAACCUGGCCAUCUCUACCCUUUACUGGAAAGCCUGGCCCCUGUUGCUUGUCGUUGCUGCCUUCAAUCCUGAGAAUAUCGGUCUUACUGCCUGGGAGGAAUACCCCACGCUGAAGAUGCUCAUGGAAAUGGUCAUGACCAACAAUUACUCCUACCCUCCCUGCACCCUGACGGAUGAAGAAACCCGCACAGAAAUGAUCAGCCGUGAGCUCCAGAUCUCGCAAAGGGAGAAGCAGGAGAUCCUCGCAUUUGAAGGACACCUUGCAGCUGCGUCCACAAAACAAACCAUCACAGAGAGCAGCAGCCUCUUGCUCUCUCAGCUCACCAGCCUGGAUCCCCAGGGCCCUCCCCGCAGGCCGCCGCAGCCGGUUCUGGAUCAAGUGAAGAGCCUCAACCAGUCUCUCCGCUUAGGGCACCUCCUGUGUCGCAGCAGGCACCCUGACUUCCUCCUCAACAUCAUCCAGAGACAGGCUUCUUCCCAGUCAAUGCCAUGGCUGGCAGAUCUGGUUCAGUCUAGCGAAGGCUCCUUGGACGUCCUUCCAGUACAGUGCCUCUGCGAAUUCCUUCUGCACGACGCUGCUGACGAAUCGACUUCUUGCGAAGAAGAAGAAGAGGGAGAGAGCAAAGAACAGCGGGCAAAGAAACGACAGAGGCAGCAGAAGCAAAGGCAGUUGCUGGGACGGCUCCAGGACCUGCUCUUGGGACCCAAGGCUGACGAACAGACCACCUGUGAAGUGCUGGACUACUUCCUGCGGCGCCUGAGUUCCUCCCAGGUGGCCUCCCGGGUGCUGGCCAUGAAGGGCCUGUCCUUGGUGCUUUCGGAAGGGGGGAUCCGCGACAGGGAGGAGAAGGAACCCCUUAUGGAGGAGGACUCGGGCGACUCUGAGCUUUUGCAGGGCUACCAAUGGCUGCUGCGGGACCUGCCCAAGCUGCCCUUGUUUGAUAGCGUCCGGGCUACCACGGCCGUAGCUUUGCAGCAGGCCAUCCACAUGGAGACUGACCCACAGACCAUCAGCGCUUACCUGGUGUACCUUUCCCAGCAUGCGCCAGUGGAGGAUCAGGGACAGCACAACGACCUGGCACUGGACGUGGCCCGGCUGAUCGUGGAGCGCUCGACCAUCAUGUCCCACCUCUUCUCCAAGCUCUCCUACUGCUCCGAGUCGGACGCCGUGCUGGUGGCGCUGCUCUCCGUCUUCUCACGAUACAUCCGGCGCAUGCGCCAGAGCAAGGAAGGCGAGGAGGUGUACAGCUGGUCAGAGUCCCAGGAUCAGGUGUUCCUCCGCUGGAUCAGUGGUGAAACGGCCACCAUCCACAUUCUAGUAGUCCACGCCAUGGUGAUUCUACUGACGCUGGGGCCACCUCAGGCUGGAGGUGGUGACUUCCAGGCAUUGCUGGACAUCUGGUUCCCAGAGAAGAAGCCCCUUCCCACCGCUUUCUUGGUGGACACCUCUGAGGAGGCCCUGCUCCUCCCGGAUUGGCUGAAGCUACGCAUGAUCCGCUCGGAGGUGCCUCGGCUGGUGGAUGCAGCCCUUCAGGACUUGGAGCCCCAACAGUUGCUCCUCUUUGUCCAGUCCUUCGGCAUCCCCGUCUCCAGCAUGAGCAAACUCCUGCAGUAUCUGGACCAGGCCGUCUCCCACGACCCUCAGACGCUGGAGCAGAACAUCAUGGACAAGAAUUAUAUGGCUCACCUUGUAGAAGUGCAGCAUGAAAGAGGAGCUACUGGUGGGCAGACCUUCCAUUCCCUUCUCACCGCCUCCCUUCCAGCUCGCAGAGACAGUGAUGAUGCUCCGCGAGCCAAAAGCGGCCUCGAUGCUCCGCAGGGACAGGGCAGGAUCCAGGCUUUGGCUCAGAUCCGGGUUCUUGGCCCAGAGGAUGAUUUGCCAGGCAUCCUUCUCCAGUUGUUUCAAUUGGCUCCGGAUCCCCGGUGGCAGAACUCGAACCCGCGGCCCCUGGCUUUGGCGCUGCAGCAGGCGCUGGGGCAGGAGCUAACCCAGAUCCGCCAGGGGAACGCUCCUGUGCCAGGGACCGCCCUGAAGCUUCUGCAGGCCCUGGCUGCCCUGAUGAGCUCUCCCCACGGAGGGGCCCUGGUGAUGGCCAUGCAUCGGAACCACGUCGUGUCUUGUCCGCUCAUGCGCUUGCUGUGCCGCCGCCAGCGCUGCGCCCCCCAAGAUGCGGCCUUCUCCACCCUGUUUUUCAAAGUCCUGAUGCAGAUGCUUCAGUGGUUGGAGAACCCAGCCAUAGAAGAGGGGCCUCUCCGGACACAGCUCAAGGCCUUCGCCGUCCAGUAUUCUUCCAGGCAUCGCAUUAAUGAUGUGCGGAGCGGUUUCCUGCACUUAGCCGAAGCUCUGGCCUUCCGCCGUGAUGCCGAUAUGAUUGGCUCCACCGUAUGCGCCAUCGUUGCCACUUUGAAGACCGGUGAGAAGCAUAACGUGGAGCCUGAGUUGGUCAGCAAAGUCCUCCGAGGCCUGACCGAAACCCACUCGCCGUACUUGGAGGAGCUCUUAGCGGCCCUCUUCUCCAUAGCUAUGGAGGCCUCGUCCCGCUUUUCCUCCACCGGACCCAUCUCCGUGGUGAGCUCCUUGCUGCUCCAGGACAAAGAGGAGACCACUGUGAAGAUAGAAGCUGACAACGUCAGUACUGAAACUGCCCACCUGGGACCUUCUUCAGGCUUGUUCAUUGACUGGCUAGAGAUGCUGGAUCCAGAAGUAAUCAGUAAUUGCCCAGAUCUCCAGCAAAGGCUCCUGUUCUCCUGGAAGAAGGAUAAGGGCUCGUCGGAGUCAGAGCUGCCCUCUUUCCGCCCGUACCUCUUGGCUCUCCUCACGCACCAGUCCAGCUGGACCACGCUUCACCACUGCAUUAAGAUCCUGCUCUGCAAAAACCGAGAGCACCGGCUUGAUCCAACAGCCUCCUUGGAUUUCCUGUGGGCCUGCUUUCAUAUCCCUCGGAUCUGGCAAGGAAGGGACCAGCGGUUACCCCAGAAACGGCGAGAUGAGUUUGUCCUGCGACUUGAGGCGCCAGAACUGAUCAGUUUGGUGGAGCUGAUCUUGGCAGAGUCAGAAACCCGAAGCCAGGCUCCCGAAGAGGCCUCCUGCUCGGUGACCCAGACCCGGCUUCCGCUGUUGCUCAGCUGCUGCCACGGGGAGGUCGAGAGCGUUAAGAAAGUGGCCGAAUACCUGACAGCCUGCAUCCAGCGGUUUGGAAGCAGCUCAAUGGGGAAACAUUGCCGAGACCUCCUCCUGCAAAUCUACCUGCAGCUUCCGGAGCUCUUGGUCCCGGUGCCAGAGACCUUGUUAUCCAGUGAAGGGGCCACAGACAGCAGCACUUGCAAACUGGACCGCUUGAUCCACUGGUUCAUCACUCUCCUGGCCGACUCCAAUUAUUCAAAGAGUGGCGAGAAUCGGCUCUGGGAUGCCAACAUGGCGUGCCGGAAGUUAGCCGUAGCUCAUCCUAUCCUCCUGCUCAGGCAAUUACCCAUGGUGGCGGCCCUGCUCCACGGCCGGGUCCACCUCAAUUUCCAGGAGUUUCGCCAGCAAAACCACCUGACCUUCUUUGUCCACGUCUUGGGCCUCUUGGAGCUGCUUCAGCCGCAGGUCUUCCAGAGCGAACACCAGGUGGCACUCUGGGAUUGUCUCCUCUCCUUCAUCGGCUUGCUUCAAAGCUACCGGAAAUCCUCUCGCCACCUGGCCACCUUCAUUUCCAAGUUCGUCCAGUUCAUCCACAAGUACAUCACCUCCAACGCCCAGGCGGCCAUCUCCUUCUUGCAGAAGCAUUCGGAUCCACUCCAUGACCUUUCAUCUGAUAACAGUGACCUGGCGAUGCUGAAGUCCCUCCUGGCUGGCCUGAGCUUGCCCAGCAAAAAUGGCUCCUUGGACAGAGGCGGCGAGGACGAAAAAGAGGAUGAGGCUGGAGCCAGUUCUUUGCCUCUCGUCAACCUCUCCCUUUUCACCCCACUCACUCCAGCGGAAAUGGCCCCAUACAUGAAGCGGCUCUCAAGGGGUCAGACUGUGGAAGACAUCUUGGAGGUGCUGAGCGACAUUGACGAGAUGGCCCGACGGAGGCCUGAAAUCCUUGCGUUCUUUUCCACUCACCUGCAAAAGCUGAUGAGUUCACCUGAGGAAACCUGCCGCAAUCUGGCCUUCAGCCUUGCUCUCCGCUCCAUCCAGAACAACCCCAGCAUUGCAGCCGAUUUCCUCCCGACGUACAUGUACUGCCUCGGGAGCCGGGACUUCGAAGUGGUUCAGACAGCCCUGAGAAACCUGCCCGAAUACACCCUCCUCUGUCAAGAACAUGCGGCCGUGCUGCUGCAAAGGGCCUUCCUGGUUGGGAUGUACGGACAGGUGGACACCAGCGCCCAGAUUUCGGAAGCCCUGAAGAUUCUUCAUAUGGAGGCCAUGCUAUAAACAGGACAAAGAGCUGCAAGGCUUCAUGGGACCACAAUGAUUCUCACUCUGCGAGGUGGGAAUCCAAGGAUGCACGUUCCUUCCGGAGAAGGGGAACCUGUGCCAGGCAUCUUCCCGCAGAAGGGAGAAGCAGGACACUUGGGAUAUUGUGAUGUAUCCCACACAAGGCUCUCAAUUCAGAUGGAAGGCCAAAGGUAUGGAACUUGUGCUACUGAGAGGAAGAGAAGGGUAAGCACCUCUCUCAUUCGAAUGGAGAAAAAGACUUACAGAUUGGACUUUUCUCAGGAGGGUGGUUUUAGCAGAUCACUCUGCUGGGAGAUUGGAGACCAUGUAGCCUUCUCAGUAGUAAUGAACUACUAAUUAUGUUUAUUACUCUCUUUUUUUAAAAAAAAUGAAAGAAAAGAAUUAAACAUCUUAAAUUUCA